ACGAACGCGACAACAAGCGCUUCGUUCAGCCUCGUCGUCGGUAUGAGACUUUACGUUUCUCGUGUUCUUGCGCGUUCUCAAAUUUCGAGUGCAUAGGAAUGACACGGAAGUGUUUUUAACAUUGUAAUAAUUUUUCAUUGUACAUACAAUAUACAUCUUUCUACGUACUAUUUAUAUAUUAAGCCGUCGACAUGUCGGCGCUUCACGUGAAAACUAAAGGGAAGGCUGAAGAAAAACAGCACAAAAGCGACACGGAAAAAUUCUGCACCACCAUGAUAAAGACAGAAAUUUUGUCGGAAACAGACAAAAGUGCAGAUUUGGAGAUCCCUCAGAGUAGGAAGCACAAAUUGUCGCCCGAUUGUGAACAUGUAUCCAAAGUAGCCAAGUAUGAUAACGAGGAAGAUGCUCUAUCUGCUAGCACAAGUGUUCCCUCAGAUUUGACAACAUCUGGAAAUAAUGAAAAAAGCAAUGAUAAAUCUAAUACAGGUAGAAGCACUGACAAUACAGUUUUGGUAGCUGAUCAUUAUAACAUGUUGGAAGAGAAGGGAUUAUCGUUCAGAAAUCAAAGUCGCAUUGUAUACAUGAGAAAUUUUAAUAACUGGAUUAAAAGCAUGCUUAUACAUGAAUAUGUAGUUAAGCUGAAACAAGGUAAGAGUUUCGGAGCAUCGCUAAGAGUGUUGGAUAUGUGCUGUGGGAAGGGGGGAGAUCUUCUCAAGUGGAAAAAGGCAAAUAUCUCUCAUCUGAUCUGUACAGAUAUAGCACAAGUGUCAUUAGAACAGUGUCAGCAACGAUACAGCGACAUGGUGAAUAGGAAAGGUUCUAAGGAUAGAGGUUUCGCUCCCAUUUUUACUGCUGAAUUUAUAACAGCUGAUUGUACAAAGGUUCGUUUGAGAGAAAAAUUUGCGGAUCCAAGUAUGCAGCUGGACUUUGUUAGUUGCCAAUUUGCAUUUCACUAUAGCUUUGAAUCCCUACCGCAAGCGGAAUGCAUGCUCCGAAACGCUGGCGAGAGUCUCAAGCCUGGUGGUUAUUUUAUCGGAACCAUUCCAGAUGCAUACGACCUAGUUUCUAGAUGGCAAAAAUGUGACGGUAAUAAAUUUGGCAACGAUGUAUAUAGCAUUGAAUUUAUAUGCGAAGAUAAGACAAAGCCGCCACUUUUUGGCGCCAAAUAUAAUUUUCACUUGGAUGGUGUUGUUGAUUGUCCAGAGUUUCUAGUGCACUUACCCACUCUUCGCAAAUUGGCUUCAAAGUAUGGUCUUGAAUUGAUAGCAUUUGAAAGGUUCGACGAGUAUUACGAACGUUUUAAAGACGAAGGCAGGUCCCUUCUAGGGAAUAUGCAGGCAUUGGAAACUUAUCCGCCAUAUCACGAAACACCUUUGCUCGGCGAUCCAGAGCAAGAUUAUCAACACGCUGUUCGAUAUAUGCAGAAUCUACCCGCCAAUCAUCGCAAGAUCGGCACUCUCUCGCAAUCGGAAUGGGAAGUCACUUCAUUGUACGCAAUCUUUGCGUUUCAAAAAAUGAAGACCAUCUGGAACAGUGAAGGAAAACCAGAGUAUGUAAAAUUAUAGAGCGUCGUAGUUUUAGGUAAAUCGCAGCGAUAAAAGAAUAAUUUUAUCGACUGAUUUUAUAUUACAAUAAAAAACUUUAUUACUAUAGAUGGCUUAUUACAAUAUAUCAUCCGUGUAAUACUUGUGUAAAACUGUAGUUUAAUAGAGGCUGACGAUCAUGUAAAAAUCUCGUUAAAAACGUUGAAGUUAAAUCACUGAUUGCGAGACAAAAAUAAUUUUUCUUCUCUUUCAUUUGUAUUAAAAUUCGAUUCUUUCGAGGUGCAAGAAAUUUUUUAGUAUUACACGAAUGACUUAUAAUAAUAAAUACACUAGA